AUGUCCGCAGCCCAAAAUUUAUCGUCAGCCUUCGGCAAGAUAGAACAGGUAAUACAAACUCCCCAAAGACCGCAAUCAAGCACCAAAGUAAAGAGAAAGACUUCAACACCUAUCCUGAUCUUCUCGAGCGCCAAAGCCGGCAGCGUAGAAGCCCUAGUGGCCUACCCUUUCGAAUACGCCAAAACCCGUGUACAACUGCACUCACUCCCCGGAUGCCGACACAACCCCUUCGCAGUACUUUCCACUAUGAUAAAACACGACGGUCUCGGCGCUAUAUACACAGGCUGCUCGACGCUGGCACUAGGCACGGCCUUCAAAGCCAGCGUCCGCAUCUGUUCAUUCGCCUACUUCCGCGCCCAGCUCAGCGACCGCAACGGCGCAUUGACACCCCUCCGCGGCGUGCUAGCAGGCUCACUCGCCGGACCUACAGAGAGCGUAAUCGUCGUGACGCCAACAGAGCAGCUAAAGACCCUCCUGAUCGAGACAGCGCGGGGCCGACGAACAAAGCCUUACCGCGGAGAACUACAUGCGUGCGAGACGUUCUGCCGCACCCGAGGCCUCCGCAGUCUGUAUAGAGGGCUCUUCCCGACCAUGCUGAAGCAGUUGAGCACCCAGGGCGUGAAAAUGGACGCGUACAACUACCUCCGCGAGGCCUCGUGUCGCCACAACGUGCCGCAGGAUGGCACUACGGUGUUCCUCACCAGCGCGCUGGCGGGGAUCGUGACCGCGUACGUGACGCAACCCUUCGACACGAUCAAAACGUGGGCGCAGAGCGCGCGCAGCGCCGACACGAUCGAUGCGUAUCGGUGCGGCAGGCGGCAGGCGGGUGUCCGGGGUUUGUGGGCGGAGAGUACGGCGCGCGUGGGCCGGCUGGGGUUGAGCAGUAGUAUUCUGUAUACGGUGUGUGAGAAUGUGGCUGCCUAG